UUGGUCAGGUAAAAAGGCAUUUAUUCCCUGACAGCCCUCAUCACAUGAAUGGUUGUCUAUUAACUUGUUCAAAAAGUAUCAGGAGUUGUCAAGGCUCUGGCGAAGAGGGAAAAGUACUCGUUUGUUGAUUCUUUGAGACCAAGAAAGAAGUUUGUGGAUUCAACAGGACCUAAGGCAAAACUACGUUUACUAUUUUGCGAAGUUACUGAAAUCGACAAGGUAACUCUUGGGUUGGACUUUGUUCAUUGAUUCGGCAAGUUAAAAAAAAUCUGUUUAUGAUGUAUAACAUGAUGGAAACUGAACUGAAACCCCCGGCACCCCAGACAAAUUCUGGGGGAACGGGGAAUUCAAAUUCAUCUGGAAACAACCAGAAAAACAGUCCGGACCGAGUCAAGAGACCCAUGAAUGCCUUCAUGGUUUGGUCGAGGGGACAACGAAGAAAGAUGGCUCAGGAAAAUCCCAAAAUGCACAAUUCGGAAAUAAGCAAAAGACUUGGGGCCGAGUGGAAACUUCUAUCCGAGAGCGAAAAGCGACCUUUCAUUGACGAAGCGAAGCGUCUACGGGCUCUGCACAUGAAGGAACAUCCGGAUUACAAAUACAGACCCCGGAGGAAAACCAAGACGUUGAUGAAGAAGGACAAGUACACUCUGCCAGGUGGGCUUCUUGCGCCGGGCGGCAAUGGCAUGGGCGCGGGAGUGGGUGUAGGGGGAGGCUUGGGUGGUGGGGUUAAUCAAAGGAUGGACAGUUACGCACAUAUGAACGGCUGGACGAAUGGAGGUUAUGGCAUGAUGCAGGAGCAGCUUGGCUAUGGGCAGCACCCUGGUUUAAAUGCUCACAACACCGCGCAGAUGCAGCCAAUGCACCGCUAUGACAUGAGCGCACUUCAGUACAACUCCAUGACUAGCUCCCAGACCUACAUGAACGGAUCCCCAACGUAUAGCAUGUCCUACUCACAGCAGAGCACACCUGGAAUGACUCUGGGCUCCAUGGGUUCAGUGGUCAAGUCAGAGUCCAGUUCUAGCCCCCCUAUAGUUACGUCGUCUUCUCACUCCAGGGGUGCUCCUUGUCAGACGGGAGACCUUCGGGACAUGAUCAGUAUGUACUUACCGGGCGCUGAGGUGGCGGAGCAAACUGCCCAAAGCAGACUCCAUAUGUCCCAACAUUACCAGAGCACAUCUGUACCCGGCACGACGAUUAAUGGCACACUCCCAUUAUCACAUAUGUAAAUGAACUUUUAUAAGAGAUACUGGACUACUCUGGACUAUUUUUGUACAGAAAAUGUGGGGAGGGAAAAGUUGUAUAGAACUCAAGGAAGAACACAAACCUUUUUUUUCCUUUCUAUUCUAAAGAAAAGUUCUAGAAGAACGGUAGGAACUCUGCAAAAGUUUUUCAAUGGUGAACGAGUUUGGAAAUUAGAAAGUGGGAGUCUCAAUCAGAUGUUUUAUUAUUGCAAUCACCUUUUGUACAGUAUUUAUCAAAGAAACAACAAUCAGAUGUAAUGUUUGUAAACUACAAGAGGUUACAUUUUUAGAAACAGCGAUUCUGCAGAAAAGACAAUGGCAGAAUUGAAAUAGAUAACCAAUAUGCUCCUAAAACUGCAAACGUUUGAAUAGAAGGAGUAAUCAAAGCAGGUAAACAUUUCUCCUUGACGGUCAUUGGUACUAAACCAUUUUAAUAAUAAAAAACUAUGAAUACGCAGAAACCUUUCCUUACAGGUUAAGCAUAGGCUACUUGUUAAUUUAUAUUUUGUCUCCCACUUUUCAUCUGUUAGAGGUAUGACGUUUGUGUUCUUUAUUUUCUAAUGAUUUGUACAAUGUAUGUGUAUUUACUGUGAUAUUUUAAGUUUUUAUUUCAAAUUUCAUUCCCGUAGUUGUAUUUUGAAAUUUGGCCUGUACGCAGCUGCCAACACUCCAUGUAUAUAUUUGAACUAAUAUCAUCAUUAUAACAGUUACAAUUUCAGCUGAGUUUUUUCAAUAUGCAGUUUGAAAUGAAUAAAUUUUUGAAAUUUGGAUACUUGAAA